GGGAAGGCCAAAGCGUAGUGCAAAUGUUUUUGCUGUUUAUGGUCCAAUGGAGCUUUCAAGUGCUGCAAGAAAUGGUGUGUUCGUCUGUCUGUGGGUUCUGGCCAAGGUCUGGCUGAUGCAGGCAAACUUCCUCCCAGUCGGACUAGCUGGAUACCUGACUCUUUAGAAAUUUGAGCAAGGUAAGGCAGUGAUCGACGGAGAGGAGUUGGGCUACUUGGGCAUAGACCUCACGUAAAGCUGGCCCUGAGAAAAGUGAGGUUUCUAACACCUCAACCCCCAACGACAUGAAAAGGUGAGACAUUCUGUUGGAUCCAGUCAGCUCAGAAGAUGAUGGACACCAGGCUGAUUUGUUUCUUUCCUGAAGAUCUCCGUCUCACUAAAAAAGACUUUGCCGUAUUUCAUCACGUUCCCAACCAGCAACAAGACAAAGUUGUUGACUGCCACUGGCUGGAGGGCGAGAUGUACUGCAGCCUGGAGCCUGGCUAUGAAUAUGUGCAGACAGCCACGUCCAAUUUUUCCGUUAGGAUACGUCACGUGUCUGGCAAACAUGUCGGACUCUACGAAUGCCGUCUUAAUGGCUCGAACGGAAGUGACGUAAGACAAUGCAAGUUCAGCCUGAAACCAGGUCCGUGUGUGCUGGAACUGGUCACCAGCGACUGGUUGCUGUCAGGUGUCUGCAACUUCACGGGCCGCAAGCAGGUGGCCGACGCCACCACCUGCACCUGGGUCUCCAGUCAGAGGGAAGAAGAGGGUUCAGCCUUGCUGGUAGAUGUCUCCACUGGGGCUGUGUUCGCAAAAAUCUGUUUUUUCUCCUCCGUCCUGAUGUCACACAAAGAUGGCGUCUACAGCUUCACAGUUCAGUUGACCAUCGGCCUUCAGUAUGAAAUCAACAGCAUCUCCAUCGGUAUGACGGCAGGUCCUCUCUCUCUCUGUGCCAGUCGCCCCAGUGACGUGUAUACCACGUGCCCAAGAUAUGUGGCGGAAGGCGAAAACGUCAGGUGUGAGUGUAGUGUUCGCCACCCGGGGUAUCCACCCGCUCUGACCACUUGGGAUACAGAUAGGGCUGAAAGCACCCUGACGAAGCUGAGGGUUACAAGAGAGGAGGACAGCACUGUGCUGGGCACGUGUUAUGUCGUCUGGCCCAACCACAACUACCCUCCACUACAUCAGCUCACCCACACUCUACGCGUGGCCUACGGCCCUGAGAGAAGUAAGAUGGCCAUUGAAGGUCCCAGGGAGGUUUUUGCCGACGGCUCCAGAAAGAUGGCGCUGACGUGUAAAGUGGACGACGUCAACCCGGCCCCUGAGAUCACGUGGUCAGGCGUGACGUGUGAGGAGAGUGCUGCCCCUGGCCAGUGUGUCUUCGUGCCACACCCUGCCGCAGACGGUAAAACUGUUGUCAGCUGCACCGCCACCAACGUCCACAACAACGGCCGCUUAGCUACGACGUCGCUUGUCAUCAAUCUCAGCGUGACACCAUCAACACCACUGAGAGCCAGAGAGCAAUAUUCAAAGCUGUCAAAGUGGCUUAUGCAUAGACAGUUGCACAUUUCUGAAAAAAAUCUUUUUGACUGUCAGAUAAAACACACCAAGCAGCCAGUAUUCCAUCCGUCAACUGAGUCAUCUGAAGAAAACAAAAUACCUGAUGAUGCAAAAGAAUCCACAACAAAGAUUAAAGAAAGAAAAACUUUGUAUCUCCUGGACAGUGAACUUGAUCAUGUUAAAAAAGAAUCGCAAUUGAUGGAAAUCAAAAUAAAUCUGGCGCAGGCUGAGAUAACAAAUACUACAUGGAAAAACAGAUGGAAAAUGAAUUGGUAAUGCCGGCUGCUCAACGUGUUGACCAACUGGUUGAGGCGGAUGCUGCUAUUCAGCCAAAGUCAAAUUGAAUAAUAAAUGCUGUGACCAUUCAGUUAGAAAUUCUGACAGCACUAUGGAACACCUGAUGAUUUUUGCUGCUUUGGCAGGGAUGUAUCUGAUGUCACACAAUAUAUUCUGGAGCAUUGGAUAUUAAAGGGGAGGAGUUUAUGUAUUUCUAAACCAUGAUGCAAACAAAAGGGUGCAAUA